AUUAAUGUGUUGUGUAGAGGAAAGCUCAAAAACUAAACUUUAUCGAUUACUUUUAUUUCUAAAUUGGUAAACAUACUGAGUAGUUUAAUAGAUAAUGCCAUGAUUCUCGGUUAAAAGUCAUGCCUCUACAAAUAGCUUUAAUAUUACCUUCGAAAGUCAUAUAUUGUUGAUUAAUAUAUUUACGAUUAAAGUCGAAGGUAGUUUUUGAUCUAUGUCCGUUCUUGUUCACACUCAUCUUUGACAGCACGUGGUAACUACAAAUUUUAUUUCCUAAGAAAUGACUGGAUUGUUUCCAGAUCUUGAACCAGUUUGCUAUAUUACAGAAGAGAUUCCUCGUGAGGACGAUGCAUUCACAGACAUACUUAAUGAAAUGAUUGAUGAGAUAAGCCUUGGUUUAUGUUUUGAAGUUCAUAGAAAUAUAAAAGUAGGUUUUUAUGAACUUCAAGAAAGAGCUGAAAAUGUUCCAGCAGAAUUGAAAAUUGUUGAUCAACUUGGGUUGGAUGUUUUUGGUCAUGGUCCUGCAAAACGUGUGAUUGAAUGUGAGUGUCCUAAUUGUGGUCGUAAUAUGGCUGCUUCAAGAUUUGCUCCUCAUUUGGAAAAAUGCAUGGGUAUGGGGAGGAAUAGUAGUCGUAUUGCAAGUCGAAGGCUUGCAAAUCCAGGAAAGAUGAUUGAUGAAGAUGACGAAGACAUGUAUCUCGACGAUGACUGGACGUGGAAUGGUGAUAAGCGAUUAGCGAGCAAAAAGAGAAAAGAUAAGACUUCCAACUCACCCAGAAGAUCAAAAGCUUUUAAGAAAAAUGGCGAACAUGGGCGACCCAGCACACCCAGCUCUGAUAUUUUCCCAGUCUACAAGACUGGUUUUACUCUUCAAGAAUUUGAAUCGCUUUCAUUAGAUGAAAAGCGUGGAUUGUUGUCUAAGACAUGUGGUGUUAUAUCCGAACAUACUUCAAAAAUGUGCACAAAAACUCCGAAAUGUCCUCAACACACAGAUGACCAAAGACGGUCAAUUCGUCUUCUCUUAGUUGGCCAUGCUGAUAUAAUGCCGGUUCGGUUCAAAUCGGACGGGCUUUUGAUUGAUCAAGAUGAAAUACAAGUCGAUGUGGAUGGCUAUGAUGAUGGAGAUGGACAAACACUUCGUGACAGUUUAAACAGACUAGCUUGGGAAGAAGAUUCUAAUCUAUCGCUUGCCGAUGAAGAAUCUUCUAGAUCUCCAACGAUGAGUUCCGUUUCAUACAAUUCUACUAUAAACAAUAGAGGAAGAAAGAAAUCCAAACAUCGGAAGCGUAGAACUCGUUAAAAAAGAAAAGCUUUACGAGGAACAUAAAUUGGCAUCCUUGUUUGCUGUUCUCCUGUAUUAAUGUUUUUCACUGUGUAUUAAUGGAUUACUGUUGGGAAAAGAAGAGUUUAUUGACAAUUUUGAUUUUUGGAUGGUAAAAAUGCACCGAUGCAUUUUUAAAUGGUUUUAUCGACCAAAAUAAAUUUAAAAUUUAUUCA